CUACAGAAUGCGUCAACUGUCAAAAAAAUCUGACUGACGUAAAAAUAUUUUUGUGUUUGUAAAUAUUUUAAUUUUUUAUCGAUUUGAUUAUCAGUUUUUGCCAACUCUCCGUACGAUGGAAUAAACGAGGGUGGUAAAGUGAUUCGUCACUUUUUUGUAAAACAUGUUCAAAUUAGAGUCGUACAUUGCACCAAUUUUGCUUAGUUAUGUUGAUAAGUACAUCAAAAACUUCCGAUUGGAGGACUCUCAGGUUUCUUUAUGGGGCGGUGAUGCAUCUUUUCAUAACUUAGAUUUAAGAUUAGAAGUGCUUGAGCAAGAGUUGCAGUCGCCUUUUAGCUUCAUUUCUGGGCAUAUAAGGGAGCUUUUGAUUCAUGUACCAUGGACGAAACUGACCUCAGAACCCAUCACAAUUACCAUUAAUACUAUUGAAUGCGUUUUAAAAUUGAAAGAUGCGAACAGCAGUGUUGCUUCAGAUGCGUCGCCAACGAGAGACACACAUAAGAAAAGCUCUGGUCACAGACAAGAAGUAGAGGCGCCCCCAAACUACGUGCAAUUAUUAAUAAAUAAGAUAGUGAGCAAUAUUAGGAUAUUUUGUAAUAAUUUAAUUCUCAAAUAUGUAGAAGAGGACAUAGUGUUGUCUAUGAAUGUAAAACAUUUGAAAGUAGAGUCCUGCAAUGAAAAAUGGGAAGCUGCGUACACAGACAUUUCCCCAACUCAGGUCAUAAUGAGAAAAGUGAUCGGUGUAAACGACUUAACCGUGUGUUUAGACAAAAGAAACGCGUCUGGAAAAAUCGAUUUCUACCAAGAACCGAUGCUCUACCGUUGCUCAAUGACAAUGCAUUUACUUAGAACUUAUCAUUCCUCAACCUCAAACAAAACCUCACUGACUCGUUUAGACGUCUAUUGCAACAACAUGGAAUUCAGCAUGACGGAACAACAAGUCCCUAUGUUCCUGCGCCUACUUGUCUUGCUCUCAGCCUUGCAACAAAAACAACUGAAGUCGAAUGGUGACGCACAGGAGAACUCAGCUCAAACGCAAGAAAGUAAAGAUAGUGGUGGCAACACUGAGACUUGGACGGGGUGGGCGUGGUCGUACGUCUCGUCAGUUCUACCAACCCAGUGGGAUGAAAAUCUCGAAAAUCAGCAGUUUCUUAACCAAUCAGGGCACAUAAUCCAAAUCGGGUUCUAUGUCGAUAACGCUUCACUGACGUUUAAAGUUUCCGAAACCAGUCAUGACAAAGGAUAUUACAGCCAGAAAAAAAUCCGUUAUUACUCGUUACUGACUUUCCAACUUCAGGGGAUUUACUCAGAAUUGGUUUCGGUUGGGAGGAAGUGGUCAAAUGUGAUGUUUGGGGUCAGCGAAAUUAUGUUGUUGCCAGUGGGGCCGUGCAGUUGUGCCCAUCCUGAGUCAGCCGAAGGAUUAUUCCCCUAUUUGGCCAUAGGUAGCCAGUCAUCGAACCAUAAAAGUAACUCGUUAUUUGACGCCCAAGCGGUCGAAAAUCAGGGCCAGUAUCGAAGUUAUGACACGAAUUGGGAGUUUCAUAUGUUUACAAAUACGGAUGCGGUGCUUUUGGAACGCACUCCUGCUUUUGCCUGUGAUUAUUUGUAUCAAAUGGAGAUUCCGGAUGAUGCGUCUAGUGAUAUUUUGUCCGACCUCGGAAGCAAUUUGGAGUAUAGUAAUUUGACUGAAAAGGCAAGCGUGAGAGUCUUCAUCGGUCCGUUGAAAUUUCGGGUGUGUUCCGGAUUUUUCCACCGGACUAGUUCGCUCCAAGUGGCGGCAUCUAUGUACGAUUAUCCCCCUUAUUACGUCCCCAAACCGGAACCGAUGUUAACAGAGUUGUUACCCCCAUCGGAGGAAGAUUUUGAUGCUUUGAAUGAAUUUAUACCGACCAGAAGUGUCAAAAUAAUGUUGUUUGAGCCGGUUGUUGAAUUGCAAUUUAUGGAUCAUCCAUUUUUUGAACCGGCUAAAGGCACGCUGUUUAAAAAAAUGAAAAAACAUUCAACUGCUUUGCCUGUGAUCCAACUCCAUAAACUACCGAAAGUCACAAUUGAGUGCAAGUUGAUUGAAAUAUGCCUCAGUAAUCCGAUGUAUGUGAAUCGACUCGUUCACACGACUUGUCAACUCCCAGAACCUCCACAAAAAAUGUUUGAGGCGUGUUUUACAAAACUGGAUGUUAAUAUAGUGGGGUUGUGCAGUCGAUUAGUUCUCAAGCAAAAUAAUUAUACGACUCUUGUGGUGCCUUUUAAUUUAUCAUAUCAGAGUAGGAGUAUUUUGAGUCCCCAGUAUUGGAUCAAUUCGGAUGUGAUGCACAGCGAAAUUAAUUUCCAAUCAGAAAGUCUGACUUUUAACUGCACGAAAGCUAAAUUGAUUGUGGUGUCUCACUUGAUUAACAAUAUUUUUAAGAAAGAUACAACAGGGCUUAAAAGUUUACGGUACACGUCGUUGCUUUACGAUGCUAGCAAAGAUUACGCAAUGCCGUACUUGGAAUUAUCCGUUGAAGGUCUCAGAUUUAAAAAAGUCUGUACGAAUAGCACAGUCUCAAUAGACUUGGCUCUCGAAUCAAUAAAAGCAUUUAUUUUUGAAUCGAACGAAAACGACAGUAAAAAAAUCAACUCGGUUUCUGAUAUUCAACAAGUUUUAUUUUUAUCUGGACCUGAACCAAAGUCUACCAAAAAAACAAGUAUUUCAGAAGAUUUGCCCCUGUUUAUGGCCACUAUUCAAUAUCCGUUGAAACCAGAAUUGCAGACGCAUCCGUCGCUGGUUAUUUUUAAUUUGCAAGAAAUUAAUGUGUGUGUGGAUCCUCUCGUGUGUAAAUGGCUGUUGUACCAUCCAAUCAAAAUCGGUGCUCAUCGGUCUGAAGAACGUGUCCAUUAUAAAAGCUUGAGUUACUCGGAAGUUUACGGAAGUACAUCCGAAACACCUCGACGAAGUGCACAAAUCGGUUCAAUCCACAGUAGUUCCGACCGAGACAUUGUUUACACACCCCAACAAAAACUACCAAUGAUUGAAGAAGAGGAACAAGUCGAUUUGCAAGAACAAAUUUAUGAAUUUUUAAAAACCUGGCAUCCGGUUUGGAAAAGCAUGCUUUUGAGUGGUCACAUCUCGCAAUGUAUUAUUUAUUUCCCAAUGGCUUCGAUCUCGGCUGUCGGUUCCCAAGGCGUCGAGGAAGCAAUCCGAGAGGCCUUGAACAAAAAAUUAGUACCAAACGUAAUGGUCAUCACUUUGCCUUAUGCCAACAUACACAGCGCCCAAAAACAAAAUGUCGUCAAGUACUUGAAAAAAUUACCGGUUAAAUUGCCAGAAACGGUCUGGAAUGCUGACAGGUCAAGUUUCCCUUGGACAAUGUCCAUUUCGGAUUUAAACUGUUACUCGAUGGAAAAUGGCAAAGAAGUCGCGUUCUUAAAAACAGUACGGAUCAAUGCAACGGUCGGUCUUUCAACCAAACCGGUUAUAACCGACGGUAAAACCCCUGACUACACCCCUGCCGAGACAACACUUGGAAGUCUCGGUGUUUACGUCCACAUUGACGUCACGCCGAUCAUUAUUUCGGUUUCGGAAGCACAGAUGUACCUCCUGGCGAGCUUAAUUUACGGUUUAACCGAAUUUUUCAACAGUCUAGUACCGAAAAAAACAAUUGAAGUGCAAAAACAACCCGACUUGCCUUCAAUCAUCACGGUGGCUAGUCCGUCCCUGUCACCAACCGUCAAAGAUCAGACGUUAGAGUCAAGUGGGACCAUUCCAGGACCGGACUCGAGUGACACGAACGAAAAUGUUAAACUCACCGCGUGGAUACAAUGGACCGUAACGAAAUUUUCAAUCGAGUUACUAGCGCAUGAAACAAGUGACUGCCAGUUGAAACUGGUGAUCGAUGUCGAAGAUAUUGUUAGUAGUCUUGACUACCAGAACGUUUAUUUGAAAAUGAAGAGUAAAAUCGGGUCGAUUUCGGUGCAACACUACAGGAAAUUCCAGGGGCGGAGUAAGUGGCAACGGGGGCCCUUUUCGGGGGUUGUUGUCCGAUUGAGAGAGGACGUGUUCGAGAAAAGGCCCGAAGAGAGUGGUUUUAUUGGAAUGACAAUCACACGGGCUAGCAGUCAGCAUACCCAUAAUUUAUGGGGAACAGUUCAAAAAACAAAAAAACCAAAUCUGACAACGUCGCGCUACAUCACCGAAAUUGUGAUUAGCGUACAACCGAUAGAUGUCGUGGUUUCGAUCAAGACACUUAUGGGGUUUUACUCGAUUAUAGCCCCCUUUUUGGAGGGUUUUGACGAAGCGAGUGUGACCGAAGUCCCGCCUAAAAACAAGCCAACUUUUACGAAUCAAGCGCUCCCACUUGCCUACCUCGAAUGUCACGAUAUUCGCUUGUUGGUGCCAUCGAGUGAGCUGACGGGCGGUGGCAACCAUGAUGUUUUCGUGGUUCAAGUCGAGAAAAUCGGUCUAAGUCCGACCGUUCCGAACCCGAUUUGUCGGACGCCGAUCAGACCCGAUAUUUACCGACAAGCGGCCCAAGCCAGGGUUCUGACAAUUCCAGGGAGUGAACUGGAGGAUAGACAGUACCAGUUGGAUGUGACAGGGAUGUCGGUGAGUUCUACCAGUUGGAAGGAUUUGGAGCAGGUUUUGAAUAUGCGGGGGAAUUCCCGGGGGAUUAACGAAAAUCCGGCCCUGGAGUGGAAUAAUUUGAAGCAGGGGAAGUUGAGUAUUGUGCCCAUACUUAAUUUGAAGCAAGUUGUUGAGAAGUUUGAUAUCAGUGUCGUUGCGGCGCCGACGAUGGUUUAUAAAAACGAAAUUAUUGUGUGUAGUAGUUCGUUUGAGAUUAAUUUUGUGACAGAUAUUGCGGUUUUUGUGUCGUUGGAUCACCUGAAGUUGGUUUCGGCGUUAAUUAAUGAGUUGAAGUUUCCUGUUAGUGGCAGUUUGGUCAAGGAACGGAUGGAAAUUACGUAUCCGUAUACCAGAUUUGAUAUUUUUAAGGAUGAUCUAGAGACGGAAUUGACGGAAUUUUAUAAGGAUUCAGGGAUUGAUACGUCGGAAAUUCGGAGUGUUUUGUCGUCGAAGUCGCCUGUGCAGCCUACUAGAGACAAACACAAAAUUUCCGUACCAUCUCAAAACUUCGACGAAACACCAUCCGAAAUCCUCUUCACCGCCGGCAAAAUCUCCUGUUGUCUCUACCAAUUCAGCUUUACUCAAUCCCAUCAAGGCAGCCACCGCACCAAAAAACCCAAAUACGCCGACGAAGAGGACCGCAAUUACGAAGCUUCCGAAGAAGAAAGCGUCGAUGAAGCGAUCCGAAGCCACAAAAAGUACACCCCUUUACUUUACUUCUUCGUUUCACAACCAAAUAUUUACUCGUCGAAGCAGCAAUUUGCAAAUAACAUUCACUUAUCGUGCUUCGAUGUGGGUAUUAAACUCAACGACUCUAAAAACGUCCCAAUUUCGUCCGUACCGACAGUGCAGGAUUUCCCGGUUGAUUUGGUAGUGACACGGUCGGGGCACCCUGAUCCCGCUACGGGGAUUCCCCCGGCUUUUUUUACCAUGAAAUAUACGAAAGAGCACGGAAAAAUGGCAAAUUUCGUUAUUGACGUUGCAAGGCCCACCAAAUUGGCGUGCUCGCCGGCUAAAAUUACCUCGCUACUUACCCUAAAACACAAAAUUAUGGAAAAUUUUCCAAUGGUGGGUGAGGUGCAGGACGUUGAACCCGAUGUAGGUUGGUUUCGACGCAUCAGGGAUAACUUGAAAGGGAUAGACACCGUACAGUUUAAAACCGAUCAAUUGGUCGUGGUUGUAGAAACCGAACAUAAUCUAGACGCCACUCUUACGAUAAAUAAGAGUAAAAAUCGCCUCUUUUUGAGUGAAAGACCGGAAAAAAUCCAAAGUUUUACGACUUUGGAAUGUAUGACGUUGACUGUGACAAGUAACAAUGUGAAGAGACUGCUCCUCAAUCCUUGGACUGUUAGUUUUGAGUUUGGCGCUCUUGUCGAGUCAUGGCAACGCGAUGAUAGUGAGCCCCAAAUUCACGUCACUAUCGAUAGCGAUUGUUUAUUAGUUGAUAUAAGUCCUGAACAGAUUAUUUGCAUGGAAAAAAUCAUGAAAGAACUGUCCGAAUUCAAUGUUACACCGAGUGUUCCCUCGGAACCUAAAAUAAUAAUCCCGGAAAAAGACCAACACUACAAAGAUGAUUUAAGGGCCGGUGCAUUCCAAUUCAUUGAAGCCAGUAGUGCCAACAGCGAGGAACUACCACUUCCUUAUCAAGUCAUGUUUUGGAACUUUAAGGAGACAAGUGCCAUGGCUUGGAGGUAUCCCCAACCCCGGGCUUUGACCAAAGUCCGGAUUUUUCCGGUCCCACUUGAGAUUUCCAUCGAUCCGGAACCGACCCAAGUGACUUGUAGUCUCCAGUAUUGGUCCGACUAUCACUGCAGUUACAUCCCCUAUGCCCAGUUCAGUCUCUCGGAAAGUGAAGUUUGCUACCUUGAUUUACCCAAAAGUGAGCCACAGAGGGCGGUAGCAUACAUCUGGCGGGUUGUUUUGACCAGUUUGGACUCAAACGGGGCGAAAAUCAACCGAAGUGUGAUCUCGCCACGCGCCCUAGCGGCCUGCAUGCGCAUUGACUCCUACUUCAAUAAAGCCAUAGUGCCUAACUUCACGACAGUGUUGUAUGUUUCUAAACUAGAACUCUCAUUGGUUAAUCACUUUGACAAGGAUAAAUCAGUGGUGCCAAUCACUUUGCGGCAUUUCACCCCAGAUCAAGCCAUUCCAGCCAACCAUACGUUCCUGAAGGUCACUUCGACCAAUUUGAGGCUGCACAUGGCCCACUGGGACUCGGACAUGCUCUAUUGCGACCUGACCUCACAUUUGAGGUGCUCAUCUAUUGAUUAUACUUUUCUCACCGAACAAACGCUAAUCGAUCAGUUUACGUUCAAAGUUGAGUUGAAUUUGGCCAAGAAAUUGACUUUGGGGCUGGUUUCGAACCCGAUACGGGUUAUUUUCGGACCAACGAUUGCGCACACUUUGACGGUGAAUUCGCAAUUGUGGGCACAGAAAUCGCUCGAGUCGGAUCACAAUAUGGUGAUUUUUACUCGAUAUGUCGUUUGUAACGAUACAAAUAUGAAUCUGAGGUUUGGACAAGUCGGAACCGAUGAAGAUAUCCUGUUGCCCAGUCGGUCUUUUCACUUGUAUUGUUGGCGAUCGGCCAAAAACAAAAGAAAGUUGAAGGUGGCUUUCGAAGAGAGGGGGUGGUUGUGGUCGAAGCCGUUUCGAAUAGAUGAGGAAGGUACACAUUUUGUCGCUCUGAGUUUGGAGAAUAAUUUAAAUGUGAUUGUGACGAUCAAAGCGCUGUCGACGAGUCAGAAGCAAGUGACGAUCGGGGGACAGUUUGUUAUUGCUAACAUGUUAUUGGAGCAUUUCGAGUUUAAGAUUAUUCCCGAAUCGAGGGAUGAUAAGGAGUUGAAAAGAGCGCCGGUUCAUGUCUUGGGUGGCAAGACUAUAACGCCAUCUAUGUUUAUCGAUAGUCGGUUAAAUUAUUUCUUUCGGUUGAGGUUUUACGGCUUGGAGUCAGCGUGGACUGGGGAUAUUCCGCUGAAGGAGCACACAAAAGGAGCCCAACCAUGGCUGGUCAAAGUUCCAUUGCAGGAACGUGGUCAAUUUUUGAGCAUCUGGUGUCGCAUUGUGGUCCAAGAUUGCCAAAAAGGGAAGCGGAUUUUGGCAAUGUUGUGGCCCUUAUUCAUGGUAAAAUCCAACCUCCCUAUAACAUCCAACAUUCAUAUUGAAACGCCAACUCUUAAUGUACAUCUUGAUUCGAGUGUCCGAGGCAAAGGCGAGUUACAGCAACUCUACUGUCCUGGAACCAUCGAUCAUUCGCAUCAGUUGACUUUCAAAUUACAUGAUGGAACGUCUAUUUCGGACCCUUACAUCCCUCUAAAUUAUAGUUUAGUUGAUCAACAGAAAUUUUUCAAAAAGGCCGAUAAGGAAAACAUCGAUGAUAUUUUAGACAGUUUGAGGAAUUUUGAUGUUUCGCAGUGGCCCUACUUUGGCGAGGACUUGGAAAAUGUUGAAUGGGUAGUGGAAGAACAGCCCCAAACCACUAUUCAAGUCCGAUACCAAAAUGCUUGUCAAUAUUCAAGUGCUUUAUCGGUCGAAUUGUUACCAUGGUGUUUAAUGGUGAAUACUUUCGGGUGUCCGGUUUCAUUAUUCAUGAAUGGGACUGAACUGUGCCGUAUUCCACAAUACGGUAUUGUGGCUCCACCUAAACUUGACGAUAAUUUUCAUCUGGGUGUUGACACUGGGGGUGGAUUAUCCUAUUCGCCGCCCCUCCAGUUAUCCACUUCAGACUGGAGUCAAACGUUUUACAUGCCGAAAAUUUCGGGCACUUUGCCGCCAGAGGGCAGUAUUAAGACUUCGGUCAAGUGCGGAUCUGAUGUUGCAAUGGUGUCACUGACAAGCGUCAUCUCGGAUCAGAUUCGUCUCUUGAAAAUCUCCUCAUCCCAUGUUUUUAGUAACUAUUUGCUGAACCAAAUUCAGGUUGUUUGUUUUGCUGUUCCUGACUGUGAUAGAAUGUUUAACGUACCGGCAAACGUUGAAAAGUUGUCGUUUUCGGUCGCUCCACAAUUGGAUAAGACAAAUUCCGGGAUUUCGAUUAUCCGAUGGUAUGCCUUGGAGGCGGAAAAUUCCGACGCGAGCACGAAUUAUGCUUUUUAUGUUGCAUUUUCUAUGCAAUAUGAGUUUGGUUGGUCGUGUCCGGUGAGGGUGGAUGAUAAUGUUUCGAGGAGGAGUUUGUCUGUUAGGACUUCACGGAAUAAGUGGAUCCCUCUCGUGUUGACUUCUCAAGAACGCAAAGGCCAGAUUUACCUUUCAUUAUUCCACGACGAUUCCCCUCAGACCCUCAUCGAAAAUAAAAGUUCCGUAAAUUUGUAUUGCGGCCAAGCGAUCGGCGAAGGCGGAGCCGCAAUACCAGAAUCGAGACAUUUCAAAUGGUUCUCAAAACUCGAGUGUGGCUCCAGCGUCUACUACACAAUGCCUUUCGUUUCGGAAAAAUUCCCCGAAUUACCCCAGACCUGCUUCAGCGAGAAAAUAGUAUUCGCAAUAGGACCCAAAACCGAAAGCGAUCAUUUCGAGUGGUCAAGUGCCGUCAGCAUAGUCAACGAUUCGGAACAAUUCGUCAAAAUACCGAACUUUGGCGACGUCAAAUUGGUGGUUAAAGUCACGUCUUACACCACCUUGUUGUCCAUUGAGUCGGUAAGUGGAGUCGAAAUCAACGCGAUUGACAUCAGGGGGCGCUUGUCGCGGCAUGAAAUGGAGACAGUGCUCGGAAAAUAUGAUAAUCGGCACAAAGAUAUUGUCGCUGAUAAUAAUUUCCAAAAUGCGGCAAAAAUUCUCCCAAAAUUAUCGCUCUACCAGUCAUUGUUCAAACCAACCUUGCAGAAUAACUGGGAUUCGAUCGAAGUUUUCGCAUUCGUUAAAUCCUUCAGUCUUGUGUUUCUCGCAGAUCAUGGCAAUGAUUCGGAAAAAGAAGGAGUUGCGAGUUUUAGUUUUGACGAUGUGGGCGUUGAGCUUCGUCAAAGUGACGAUUUGAAAGUUUCACUUUCUGUAUUAGACAUCCAGUUCGAUAAUGAGUUAUAUUCGAAGGAAUCGUUCGAUUUUCCUGUGGUCGUAGUAAGCCAGGACCAAAAACCGAAAAGUGGUGCCAACGUUUUGGAAAAAAAUGCGAAAGAACUGAUCAGGAACACCGACAGUGUGUUGAUUUUGGAUAUGGUGGUGGAGACUUGGUUUGAUGAUUUGCGCAAGAAAAACGUGACUGGAGUGAAAGAAGUGAAGGUGAAAUUAAAUUCGCUUUCGAUCUACGUCGAGGAUUUGUACAUCAAUAAACUGAUGGAAUAUUUCACCCAAUUGUUUCCGAUGCGACUGGCCGUGGGCGCAAAACCAGAGUCCCGCACAACGUCCAAAAGCGUCUCAGUUAGAGUCCCCGAGUUGGUUUUUUGGAACUCUUUAGUAAUCGCCAAACCGUUGAGUCUCAAAACCAUCACAGUGGAGCCCUUGUCGCUGCUUUUAUCCGUCCAUUGCUCCCUCAAAAUGUACAUAGCCCUGGACCAGUCCCCUCUCCAGUUUGCCCGGUUUGAAAGACGCCGCCUGUUGACAACCCCCUAUCGAUUGGGGCAUGCAAUGACCAUGCACUACCUCUCGGGGGCCAUUUUUGGGGCUGGUUGGGUCGUCAGUUCGCUCGAACUGCUUGGGAGUCCCAGUGGACUUGCGCGAGCGAUGGGUAUAGGGCUUCGCGACUUUAUCAAUUUGCCUUAUCGGGGGCUUAUACAGGGCCCUUGGGCUUUUCUAACUGGUGUGACUCAUGGCUCGGCCUCUCUUAUGAAACACGUGACAGCUGGGACGCUGCAAUCUGUGACGAAGUUGGCGUCGAGUGUUGCAAGGAAUUUGGAUAGAUUGACUCUGGAUGAGGAGCAUUUGAGACGGACGGAGGAACAGAGGAGGCAGAAACCACAAGGGGUGACGCAAGGAUUUAUGCAGGGCUUGACGGGACUCGGUAUCAGUCUUUUGGGGGCUGUUGGAGGCAUCGCCCACCACCCGCUUCAGAGCAUAAUGGCCGAUGGGGCAUCACCCAGGUCACUCGCAGCGGGUGUCGGAUUAGGGCUAGUGGGAGUCUUAACUAAGCCUUUGAGUGGAGCUGCCGAACUGGUGGCGUUGACUGGUCAAGGAUUAUUGCAAGGGGCCGGGUGGAAUCCCCUACCGCAACCUAGGAGUGACCUGGUCAAAAACCUGAAUCUGUUAGAUUCAAAUUCAAUGUUAAAAUACGAAUGGAAGUUACUAAGCUCGCUGACUUAUAAAAAUGUGCUUUUUGCGACUGAAGCAACGAUGUUUAACGAUUCUGAGUUCAAAGGAAUUGGGUUGGUUUUGGCACCCGAUGCUUUGAUUAUUGUGAAUCUUGAUGAUGAUAAUGUGAAACGGAUAAUUAGUUUGGGGCAAAUUCAAGUCGUUGCGAGUGAUAACGACCCGACUUAUCUAUCCUUCAGGAUUAUGAAACAAAAGUGUGAGGAGGAGUGUGUGGUCGAAAUGGACCCAGCGUCGAGGGCUCGAGUCGCCGAUUAUGUAAGAAGUACGGCAAGUUUGUUACAACUACCCGAAGUUAAUCAACAUUCCGUAAUCAUGGACGAUACCAACGAACAGAUUAAUUGUUAUGUGAAUCCGCAAAAUCGGAAUUAUUUCGUUUGCCUGCUAACACUAGCCAAACAAAUGAACAGCAAUUAUAAUUUUCCUGUGUUAUAAACUGUUAAUAAAAGUAUGAAACUAAA